AUGCGACCGUCCGCGAGGGCUCUAGAAUGCGGCCGUCAGGCACAACUAGACGAGCACCUUCGUCUUGUAACUAGGUCCUGUGAACAGCUCUCUCACUCACGUAAGUUGAUAUUCCUAUCCCCAACUGACAGGGUAACGGAUGCUUGAAUUAGUGAUAGGACGUUUGAUUCAACGCGCAAGGACCGAAGAGUGCGAGUUUGCAGUCCUGGGUUUGGGAUCCGGCUGAUCGACUGACGAUGGCUAAUAAGGCAGAACUCCACGCCCUAACCCCAACCGUGCACCUUAUGUAUGCCGGCCUACUUUUCAGUGACGUGAUGCGCACUAGAAUUAAGGGGUCAUGGACAGUAAAUUUCACGCCCAACUGGAUAUUGUCAGCAGCUAAGACUCCGGUCCCGCCCAAUGGUCGUCUGGUCUUCAGUUCUACGAUCGCGCAUCACAUCCUGCAAUGCUAACCAUGUGUAGAAAUGGUUAAGUCGGCCUUUUAUGGUGAAUUAUCGAAGUCAGCUAUGCUGUUUUGCCAUUGAUUUCGGCAUAAGACCGUGCCAGACGGUGCCUCCUAACACUGAUUGGAUCUUCCCGUGAGUGGAAGGAGAACCAAAUGGCCAAAUGCACAAGACCUCCGCGCACACCUGGUCUCCCUCUCCCAGCCUAUUCAGGCUCUUUUCCUCUGCUAUAAGGAACACUCCGGCAGCUCCCAUCUCAUUUUGCCUACCAGUCAAAGCGGUUGCGGGCGACCGUGACUGUCGCAUUUAUCCAACCUUCUUGGAAGGUAGAAUGACCACUUUGCCUGGCUGGGUACCCGUCUGUGACCGUCAACCGUUAAAAGUAGCCACUCCCUCUGAGCGCUCUAUACACCAAUGGAUUUUGAGAGAGAGAGAGGAAAUGCGCUUUAUUUUGAAAUCGUAAGUUCAAAAUUUUCAGCAAAAAAAUUGGCUCCAUUCACUGUGGGUAGUAAAUAAGUUAAGAGAUUAUUCAACAGUCAAAGAAACGAUUAUUAUGGGGAUAGUUCAAGUCUGAGCUUCUGUAUUUCUGUCUCUUCGCACGUAAGAUAGCGCGCUAGGAAUGGCAAUACAGAGGCUCGAUAAGCCGAUGUGCGACAGGGUAUAAGACGGAAGUUGCGGCGCAUCGGGCGGGAAGAUUUGGCAGCCAUAAGAUCGGAAUGUAGGGGAUGGGCAACGUCAUCUAGAAUUUGACCAGCAAAUUGCUUGACCGCAUUGAAGUGUCGUUGUAAGAUUGUGUCAACUAAAAAAAUAUGAGAAACGCCAGCAGCAGAAGAGAGCAUGCGAAGGAUUCGUUUCAAAAUUAAAAGAUCCUUUUUUAACAGAGCAGGAAAAACGACAGGAGAACAGUAUAGGAUAAGAGGAAGAAUGCAGGCAUCAAUGAAUCGCCAGACUAAGGGUUGAGGUGUGUAGUAGGAACGCAAACGACGAAUGUAGUAAAGGAGUUUACGAACUUUAAUAAAUAUGGACUCAAUAUGGAGGGAAAAAGAAAGAUUUGAGGACAAAGUAACGCCGAGAUACCUGAAAGAGGAUACCUCAUUAGGAAGAAUGUCAGAGGAAUCAGGGUUAGGAGAGGGCCGCAGUCGAAAAAUACACUGAACGGAUUUUUGGUUGUUAAUUAGGAGACCAUUUUCCUCCGACCACUCUAGGACAUGGUUUAGGCCAUCCUUUAGAGACCGGAGGUGUGUCUGACUUUUGAGAGGGUGUCCAACAACCACAUCGUCAGCAUACUUGAUCAGAAGACAGUCAUUAGGGGACCUGAGAUCAUCAGUGUGGAGGGAGAAAAGGUGAGGGGAUAGAAUGGAACCUUGAAGAACACCGCAGUCAUUGGGAUAGACCAGACAGGACCGUUUACGUCUUGCAUCGUGUGCCAAUGAUAAGACCCCGAUUUAGCCGACCUCAGGUCAGUGCAGUGACCGAUUUUGCGUAAAAACCCUUUUCAUUCCCAACUACACGCGUUUUUGAUCUUCGUUUAGGCGUGACGGAAGUGCAUUGUUAGUGUUAAACGCCCAGUAUUUGGACAUCUGUAUGGCGUUCUGGUCAGAUCCACAACGUCGGUGGAUAGCCUCUUGCGUGCGCGUGUUCACCUUGACCGUCCGCCUCACCCCACCACAUGUUUCGAUGGUUUGACCGCCGCCGCAAGCACGAUGUCACUUUUUGGCGGCGGCGCCGCCGGCAAUAUAGGCGGAGUUAGAACACUUUUCGCGCCCCCCCCCCCACCCUAAAAGUUCCCCGAUGUUGGUUUUAACUGUAGGGAACCGGCAUUCUCUCUCAUCCGUGCCUAACUUGCGUCUCUUGACCGCCAUAUCAGCCCCCCCCCCCCUCUUCUUAUGACUUUCAUUCACAGAGCAGUCACGCCGAGACGACCUCGAGGCCCUGGGCCAUAUGUUCCUCUACUUCCUCCGCGGCAGUCUGCCCUGGCAGGGGCUCAAGGCGGACAAUCUGCGGGAACGCUACCAGAAGAUUGGUGACACAAAGCGCGCCACCCCAAUUGAGGUCCUGUGCCAAGGCUAUCCAGGUAACGGAUUCGAUUUUCUUAAAGCAAAGGUCUUCAUGUGUAGCGUUGGAGCUGUCCAACUUGCGCGCGCUACCCCAAGCUUUAAGCCCACAAACAAAUGGUCUUCUUUGGAGGAGAAGACCUGAAGUAUACCCACACCUCCCUUACAAUCUAUGCUCAAAUUGUUGCUACUUGUUUUGGUUGGGUAGGCGUCUGCAUACCGCUAUCAACCUCAGUAGUAUGUUCACCGCAUUCAUUUCCAUCGACUGCAGCGGUUCAGCCGAUGUUCGGCUAUCUAGGCUUAAUAGGAUACAUUUGAAAGCGUGCUCGCCUUACUAGGAGACUUCCAGGCGCACCGAAGUCGUCCAUCCUACAUCACCCGGAACUUUUUUCCAACAGGUAGACGACAGCCUUUGAAAAAAAAGAACAUAAGAUGAUAUAUGAGCUAUCAUAUGACGACUGCCAAAUGAAAACCGAAAGUGCGGAGGAGAAAUUUACCACGAAUGGCGUAAUUCACUUCAUUACGCGGUGAAGGCGAACGUGUGCAGAUAGAUGAGUCAUGAUUUCGCAGCAACAAUCUUUCUACGCCCUACAGUAUGUCAGGAUGCUUAUAGGCAGUAUCUGCCACCUCCCACGCAAGUGGGAAGUCCGCAUCUCGACUCGGUCCCCAUGCGGCUUCGGCUGCACGGGUGACUUGAGUCCGAGACUAUCCCGACUCCGGCCUCUCUCGUCUCCGGUCUUCUUGACUCUGUCUUGACACCGGGUUUGGGCGAGGGAGGAGGAGAGAGUGUAGGUAGAUGCUACGCAAGUCUACCGGCACGAUAAACCCCUGCGUAAGUCACCGUCCCUGCUCCCAUUGCUGCUGAAACUGUGGGGCACACGGUGGACAUCCUCGAAACCGAUGGUCGAACUGUCAGGCAGUUAUCAGUGAUGGUCGCUGUUGAAUGCGAAUUCCACUUUUCCCUGUCCAUUUACGCAUUAUACAAGUUCUGUUUCUGAUAUAACUCCUCUCAGGUGGGUUUUCAUCAAUGGACCUGAAUGUCACUCUGAAAAGUCACGCCAUCGCCUAAUCCGGCCUCUGGGCAUCCGAUUAAAUCUGAAAGCCCCAGUAACAAAGUGCACCUUAUUGUUUGUGGUGUUUUGUCAUCAGAUCCGGCACUUUCCGAACUGUCCAACCAGUCAAACUUCAGCAGUUCUUACAGCUGGGACAUGACUGAUUGAAGAGAGAGAGACACGGUUGUUGGGACAAGAGCAUUAUUAGCCCGACGUUUCGGACUCUAGCUCAAAUCCAUCAUCAGAGACAAAAGCCAAUACGGGUGGUUCAUGCACAAGGGGCUGCAGUAUUUGUAGGAUGCAGUUACCAUGCUAACGCAUACCUAUGAAUAUUCACGGCUCGCCCUUCAUCAGGGAUCGUUGCACUUGGUGUGCUGGAGAAUUCUGUAGCCCCUUGUGCAUGAACCACCCGUAUCUGCUUUUGUCUCUGAUGAUGGAUUCGAGCAGGAAUCCGAGACGUCGGGCUAAUAAAGCUCUUGUCCCAUCGAUCGUGUCCCUUUCAUCAAGACCGCUUCCCGGGACUCGUCUCUUCGCUUCUAUUGACAUGACUAAUUGUUGUUGACUGAGUCUGAAUGCGGGGGUGGGGAGGGGACGAGAAGGAGUGAUUUAAAGUUGUAGGUCGAUGGUAGGUGAUUGAGGAGACCUAGAGCUGGAUUGGAUGGAAUAGAGCCGAGGCGCAGUUAUCGGGAAUACGGUGUCGAACCAGGGUGGCCAUUGCGCAUCGAAAAAUCGGUUCGUCGCCUCUGCUCUGGCCAGGACAUGUCGCCCCACAGGGAUGUCUCAUGUAGAACUCGGACAGUCUACGGCGCAUUCGAAAGGCCGGAUCCGUAUUCUGGAAUGGAUUUCGAAAUGGUCCUCACGUCCUUCCGUAUUGACCAGCCAAGCCGACGAGUGUUCCUCAGCUCUCCUCCGCGACCGUUGGAUGGUUCGACUUACAGUCAUUGAUCAGUUUCAUGGAAUUUAACCUGGUUUAUAGAAUGCGUCUUCAAUUAGAGAUGGUUACCCAAGUGAGGUUGUAAUAUUGGUUACAGUGCAGCAUAACCCCAAGGUAUUUCCGUUACGCCAAGAUACCGGCUUUAAAAGGAGCUUUUUCCACUGCUUGCAAAAACCUUUGAAAAAUAUCUUGUAGCCAUUGGGUAGAAAAUCACUUUUUCAAAUUUGCGUACUCGAAAAAGGGGUAUCUUGUGAUUUUUUAAUGUUUUUUAGUUCCCUAAUUAUUUUGAGCGUGACCUGCCGUUCCAUUUGUGUCCAUAAAUCCUCAUACGUUCCAUGAAAGAAGAUGCAUGCAUGCUUCUAUACCAUGAACAAUUUGCGACUUUGUAGGUCAUUACGGACCUUCCAUUUGCACGAUACCUAACCGAAAUGAAAACAGAUUAAUGAGCUCGAUUCCAUGUAGAUUUACAAGUUUAAAAGAAGGCGAAGGCACGAUCACUGGGACAGUAGAUUUAUUUGUCUGAGCUUUUGAACUCGAACUGGAGUUCAUAAGCAGAGUCUGCUUGAGUGCAGCAAAUUGUGAAUAUUUAUAUCGCUCGUCCUUGAGGGGCAGGGGGGGGGGAGUACGUUCGUGGCUAGGUAGGGUUUGUGCCGCCUGGUCCACGAUGGUCCCCCGGCGUGGUGACGCCGUUCGUACUUCGCGACGAUGUGAGCUGCGCCACCUGGCUACGUCGGCGGAGUGCGUGAUAACACGCAGGCAAAUCGAUGUGUCUGUUGAUAGAGUUGGUGUCCGACACCCACGCCUUCCAGAAUUCUCGCCCCGUCUUGUCGCCGGCUCGCGCCAAUAUCCGCGUGUUGGCGAAGUCGAACUCAUGGCUUUCCUACCGUACAUAAAGUAUGUGUCCGAGGCUACAGAACGCAUUGCGUCAGAGCUAGGCGUGGGCAUCCCUCAUCGUCCGAACGGCCACCGACUGCCGCAGGAUGAACUUGACAGUUGA